AGAUGGGAGUUUCGUUCCGUUCUGCUUAACAAGGAAUGUAGCGGAAGAAAUCGAAGCAAGCGCAGCUGGAAUAGAAGAGGAAAACAGCUGUUUCUUAUUUGGAAUAAUUGUAGCAAUUCAAAGAACACAAGUAUCAGUAAAAAUGGUAGAGAAGAAAGCGGCUGAAGAUUAUGCCAAAUUGUUUCAAAGCAUAAGUCUGGACAAAGAGGUGAACCCCAUAUGCAUGAAUAUCGAGGAUAUGUUGGCACGUUUGGAUGAACUGGAAACAUUAUUAGCUAACGUGAAAGCCGAAAAUAACAUUAUCGUAGAUCAGUAUACAAACAAUAUUGUGGGUUUUGCAAAAGAAUUUCGGAUAUUACAAGAACGCAUUGAUAAAUUAGAAAAUUUUAUCGAUUUGGUGAAUAACAACGUAGACGAAGUGGAGAAAUCCUUAGAUAUAGCCGAAAAUGAGUUAAAUAUUACAGAUUAUAGUUUAAAAGGCUUAAUAUUUAAACCUUUUUUGUCCAAAAGCAAAUCUAGUAACACAGUUUCGUUAGAUAGUUCAAUCGAUGAGACCAUAAUCCCAAGCAAUAUAAAAAAUAAUGAAUUUCGCCCGACAGAGAUAUUUAAAACUGAUAACUAUUUUAAAUGAGUUAUGGUAUAGACACUAUGAAUGCAGUUAGUUAAGUUUACUAUCUAAGAAAGAAGAAAAGUAUUGCUAUUGAUGCUUAUUGAUGAUUGAAAUGUAAUUUCUCUUGUGCCUAAGAAAACUAUAUGGAUACAAAAAUUAUUACAAAGCUUAGCACUUUAAUUGAAUUCACGAAUCAAACUUUUCAAACCGUUACUAAAAUUUUAGGUUGUAUAUGAGAUCUGCAAAGAAUGUUUACGAGGCGCAGCAGCAAAGCUAUACUUCGUACAUUGCCCGUCUUACGUUUACGUCUUAAAAUCUCAAUUUGCGAUCUGAAGUUUAUCAGCAAAGCGAAGCUAGCGCCUAAAUAUUUUCUUUGAAUUAUUGCUAAGUUUUUUCUUUUUUGUUUUUGAAAUUACCAUAGCCUCCACAAAUGAUGAAUAUUCGCCUUUUGUUUGCCCCUUGCUUCUGUCCUAUUAAGCAAUAUCUAGUAUAAACGCAUCAUCUAGUAUUAAAAUGUUGUCCGUCUGUUCUACUAACGGCAAAGUUAUUAUCGCAGCUUUAUAAAAUUCAAUACUUUUCCAACUUAA